AUGCAUGGAAGAACGCACACAGGCGCCUAUGGUCCAAGCUCUUUCGUGCGCUCAAUGAACGAUUUUCGAACCCGCAAUUCAGAAUUUUGCCAGGAUUUCUCUAACGAAAAAGGUCGACAAAUCACAAAUGGCUCUGGCCGGUUUGUUUCAAAUAGGCCUUGCUCGGAUCGUUAUCAAUUCUUAUCAAAACACACGAUGCAUGACCGAAGACACAUCAAAAUGAGAAAGGACAACUUUUCACCAGCUUCAUUUGCCCGGGCUCGGAGCUGGCACCUCGUUGAAAGCGGGAUUUAUCUCCAGCUGACCCACGGG